AUGUCUGUCAGCUAUCCCGACCUCAAGGGCAGGGCGUAUGCCAUAACAGGAGCAGCAUCUGGUAUGGGCAGGGAAACUGCGCUGUUGUUAGCCAAGCAAGGGGCGAAUGUUGGUUUGCUGGAUAUAACUUCUCCCAAUGCCGUCGCAGCAGAAAUCACCAAAUUGGUGGGCGGAGGCCAUACUCAUGCCCUUUCCGUCGACGUUACCGAUGCCAAAGCAGUCGAUCAGGCUUUCAAGAGCAUAUUUGAAACUUUCGGUCGUUUGGACGGUGCUGCCAAUCUCGCUGGGACCGUUGGAACCAUGAAGUAUGGUCAAACACACCAUGGCCUGGAGAACGUUACAGAUGAAGAUUGGGACUUUAUCCUGAAAGUCAAUCUCGACGGUGUCAAAAAUUGCCUUAGGUCCGAGUUACGUCUUAUGAAAGGCCCAGGUUCCAUUGUCAAUGCAUCUUCGAUCUCUGGCUUGGCAGGAAACCCUUACUCCACCGCAUAUUCCUCGAGCAAAUGGGCUGUGAUUGGCCUUUCCAAGGGUGCUGCUGGCGAAGCAGGCUCUAAGGGCAUUCGUGUGAAUGCCAUAGCCCCUGGAAUCGUUAUCACACCUCUCAUUAAAUCCCUGGGCGAAGAGGAGAUGAAGCGUACGCUUAUUUCCAAGGUGGCACUGGGCCGAGUUGCCCAGCCCGAGGACAUCGCAAAAGUGAUUGUUUUUCUCAUGAGCAAUGAAUCAGGAUAUAUCAGUGGUUCGGUCAUUAAUAUCGAUGGCGGAUUCAGUUACUAA